AAGGAAACAUCUCUAAUAGCAACCAGGCAGUGCCGAUCAUGACCGAGAUAGAGGCCCAGCUUGGACAGCUGCACGACUUGAAGAACUCACUCGCAAGGCUUCUCUACACGGAGGCUGGCUUGGACAAAGAAAAGAUCUUUCUACUUCUCUCCCAGUACAACGAUUCGCUUGAUUACCUUCAUGAUGAGUUGGAGUUCCAAUUCGGGCUAGACCUGGAUAAACCUGUGCACACCCAGAUUGAGCUCGUUGCUGAGUACGACUCAUUGAGGGAUUUCAUGAACAGAUUCCAGAAGAAUCUCAUUACAAAGCAAUUAUCUCAAAGGGAGGAUCAAUUGGCCAAUUUUGAAGAUUUGAAAAGGGCCAAGUACAACAGAGAAGUCGCUGCUGACACUGCUGACACUGCCAUUGAGACCCAUGAGGAGCCAGAAGUCGUCUCAAAGGACGCAAAGAUCAUGAACACAACGAGAAAGAUCACUUCAAAACUCGUAACCUCAUCACAGAUAUUACAGUCUUCACUGGUGCAGUCUCAAUUGAAUAUUGAAGAGUUGGAAAUCCAAGGUGAUUCAUUAUCAAGAUUUGCAGAGAGGAAUGACGUUGUUGGUGGGAUGCUUACACGGUCAGAGGUGUUCAUCAACGAUAUCCGGCUAAGUAGUAUGAAGGAUAAGAAGAGGAUGUACUACGCCCUAGCGUUCUUUGCCCUGUGUGUUUUCAAAGUGUUUUGGAGCAGAUUGUUGAAGUGGCCCGUGAUACUGUCAUGGAGAAUUGUAUGGUAUUCAACACGUGCGUUGUUUUCAACUCUGGGGCUCGUAUCAAAACCUCUAAAGGUUGAGCCUUUAAAGGCGUCCAAUAUCGUUCAGGCCAUUGGCACAACAACAACAACGUCAGCAGUAGGAGUAGCAUCUGAUGUUGUUGAAACAGUAUCAUCACUGAGUGAAGCUAUUACUACAACUAUGGGAGAAUUUGUUUCAAUAGUUUCUAACGUUGCGGAAGAACUUGCGACCGAUACAUUUGAAGAAGCGUUAGGUAGAAUUAUCGACGAACUAUAAAGUUAUUUUCUCAUACAAGGUGAAUAGUUCGACAAUGACGAAAGUACCACUGUAGAUGAAUCAAUCCAAAUAUUCCGAGAAAUUAUGCUGUAAUAUAAU